UGUUAUUAUCUGGCAUUCACUUAUUCUCACGGGAAACGAUUUGCCGAAUGUUCCGCCCUGCUCUCUCGUGCCAAACAUCAUGCUGAAGAGGCAGUUCACUCCCUCUCGCCUGAUACCGCCCCAUGGACCUCACUGGAAGCUUCGGCUGCCCCCGGUCCGUCUUCAGAGCAGCUCACACAAGCCCUGAGCAACACUUUACUGGUCCAGAUUGCAGCCGAGGAUCUCACAUGCCGGGCAGUUUACAUGUUGGAUUUGUCUGAUUCCACCGGUGGUACCGAACCGACGGUACCAACCGAGACAGAGGGGAAGUUGACCAAUAAGACGAUUGGUACCAAAAUUGAAAUUCUCGGAAAUAAAUUCCAUCUUUUUCUGCCGUUGAUCGGAAGCAUUCAAUUACGUUUACCUCAGGUUCCACCUUGGAAAUUUUAA